AUGGAUGUUGCAAAAAAUCAAUUUGCUAAUGGAAACAAAACAUUAAAGGUUGUAAGCAUUGCUCCAUGUCGCUUAUGUGAUAAAGAAUAUUGUCAAUUACAGACUCAAAUAUGGCCAUCCUACGAUGACUCCUCCCACACACAACUGAUACAAUUCACAAAACCGACAGAUGUUCUUCUAAAAUCCAACUCAGCCAAAGAGAAGGAAACGCAGAAAUUCGCAUUCAACGAAAUAUUUGACGAAAACGUGUUACAAGCAGAAAUAUUUCAAACCGUCGGCAGGCCUAUAAUCGAUUAUGUGCUCAAUGGCUACCACGGUACAGUUUUUGCCUACGGACAAACUGCAACUGGAAAAACAUACACCAUCAUGGGAGAGGAACUGGAAUACGAAGCGGACGAAGAAUGUGGAAUAAUUCCUCGCUCUAUUGAUUACAUAUUUAAAGAUUUGAAAGCCAAAGGCGAUCCGUUCGAAGUUCAAGUUUCUUUUCUGGAAAUAUACCAAAAAAAGAUGUAUGAUUUACUCGGCGCGGAAAGUUAUUCUGUUAACCACAAGACAUUUUUGAGCAAGCGCGAGGUUAUCUGUAGAAUGAGUGACACCAAAGUAGAGCUGGAGAAUUUGGCUUUACGUAAAGUGGAAACAUCAGAUGAGACUCUAGAAGUCUUUUUGGAAGGGAAUUCCAACAGAGAAAUUGCACAGACCUAUGCCAAUAACAGGUCGUCUAGAUCUCACGUUGUUUUUACUGUUUAUAUUAAACGAGAAGAUGACACUGGUGUUGUAGAAUCAAAACUUCAUUUUGUAGACUUAGCUGGAUCCGAGCGAGUGGGUAAGGACCAACUUGGGGAUAGUUUGUUGGUUUCCGAAGCCAAAGAUAUAAACCGAUCCCUUUUAUUUCUGCACAAAGUCAUUCAGUCGAUUGCCAACAACAGUCAGCCAGAAACAUUUCGCAAUACCAUGAUCACAAAAAUUCUCCGAGAUUCCCUCGUUGGAAAUUCAGUGACGAGUUUGGUGGCAACUAUCAGCAUUGAUGAGCAUAACCUAGAUGAAACCUUGUCUACAUGUAACUUUGCACAGAGUGUUUCUAUAAUUAAGACAAAACCCAAAUUAAAUAAAAUCGAGGAUCUGAACCUUAUAAUCGCGCGACUCCAAGAAGAGAAUAUUAGACUGAAUUCCAAGUUAGAUGAACUUCAGCGCUCUAAAAUCAACGAUCCGUUGACAGAGGAGGAAGGAGAGAAUCUGAAACAAAUGGUUUUGAAUUAUUUUAACGAUAACGACUCAGACGCCUUUUUGGAUGUUUUAGAAGACGAUAUCCGGGUUCAAUUUUGCUUUAACGAGCUGAAAGAACUCGGAAGAGGCUACAAUUCUGAACUACCAACUGAGAUUGAAUCACAACAGAAAAAACUCACAGAUAAAGAAAUGCGAGAUUUGAACGUAGCAGUUGAGGCUUUUAUUGCUGACCGACGUGAAUUUGCGGAACUCGAUUAUGGCGGAAACACCGAGUCAGCUCAAUAUUGUUUACAACGAUUGAAAUAUCUCGUCAAAGAAAUGGGUGACAGCAAUCAGACUAAGAAGAAGGGCUGCUGUUAAAUGAAGAUAAUAGAUAUAUAUAUAUAUAAAUGAAUCGUGCAAUCCACUGCAAUGGUUCUACAAGUUUUACAAAAAGUAUUGUGCUUUAGUUUUGAAGCUACUAUCAUUUAUACUUACCGUAUUAUUUCCUCGGGCAAAAUCAUGGACAAUAGAACUCGAAAAUUGUUUAAAUUUGAUAUCUCUCCAACUUUAUGCCAUUGGUGGUAGAACAUCAGAAAACUGGGGGUUUUAUUUUGUUUAUUUGUUCUUGCAUUUAUGACAACCGAUUCUUCCGUAAGUAAUUGUCGUAAAUAAAAUGGAGGAAUUGCUACACUUAUGCGUUCACCACAAUAUUUUAUCUUGUCGUAUGUGUUAUAGCUGUGUGUGUUAGUAGUGAAUAAAUGCACUUAUUUUUGACUUUUAUUGUGUCCUGGAAGUUGGAAUACAUAUGCUAAAAUUCAUAAGUGAAACAUUAUGUUCUUUUCAUAACACUCACGACCAUACAGCUGAUAUAUUUGUACAGGUGCGUUGUGAUCAACGAAGGAACCAUUUUGACUUUUCUCUCGUUUAAAAACAACGAUAAACAUUAUUUCUUUUUUAUUAUAUUUGCAUAGAACUAUUUAUAUCAAGUAUCAUUUUGCAAUUUGGAAAUUUUGUGAGUUUCAUAAAAAUCCAAUUCUUGUCAACCGACUGAAUUCAUCUACGUUUCUCGUCUGUAACUCCCUAUGAGCCACGCAUUAUUUGACACAGAUAUUAACAGUUCCGCACACGAUGGCUUGAUCAAAGGGUCAUGAAUCUAUUUUUCCCUGAUCAUUUCAAAGACAAUGUGUGAUGAUAAAUCUUGUUCAAAACGAUACCCUUUGUCGCGACCGAGACGUGAGUAUACCACACAAUGAGCAGGACCACCUCUCUGUUUAUUAUUUUACCAAUUAUAACAAUGGCGGAAUCAUGGCCCGACCCAGUAAUAAAUCUCACCUCCGCCAAAUUGGAUAAGGACAUAGUAGAUAAUUAAAAUGACUCCAAACUUUAACAUCGUUGUGUUUAAAUUACCUGGUCGAUAUAUUUGGUAUUUUUGAAUAAAUUGCACUUGUAGGCCUGCUAUGAAUUUUUUGUCGACAUUGCUGGGAAGUGGAGACUGAAAUCACGAUUUCUCAUUUAUACUGAUCUGGGUACACACAUAUGCUAUAUUACAUGCGCAUUAACAAUAAGUGUAGUUUGUUGGCACGAUAUGGAGUUUGUCCCGGGCGGUAUUAGGAACGCUCCAGAUUCGAACUUUUUUCAUCUGGUUUUUAUAUAAGAGUUGGUACAUGUAGAAUAUUUGCACAUUGUUAACAUAAUGUUUGCAAUACUCCCAUGAAGUGCUGUUUUCCUGUUGCCAGUUGUGUCGACACUUAAAAAAUACAAUAGUAUGGUCACGUUAAUAUAAU